AUGUCGUCGUCUUCGUCGCACUCCGUGACAGUAGUCUGCGUAAAGCAAGUGAAGCAAGACGUCGCGGAUGAAUGGGACGAGAGCAUGCCGUUGCCCGGCGACAUCAUUGAAGGGGUCGCCGAGCACGAUGUCGACGAUGCGUUCAUAUCCGCUAAGGCAAGAUCCGAACUCAGCUUGCACUUGGGGAAAAUCAACCGCGUCGCCGAGCACGCGUGGCUUAAGGUGAGACGGGGGCCCGGCACAGUGAAACUCCGAGUCUGCGUCGUCCCGGAUAGACAUGGGAAGCUGCAGAAACGGUUCACCGUUAGAGCCGAGACGGAUGAACGGCAUGUCGCCGUUCUUGCGGACCUUACUUUCAAAGAAUGCUUUGAUCUACAAGAGAUGAGCAGGAGAGUGAUCAAUUUGGAUUUCCGGGGAUUUCGACAAAAGGGGAUAAAAUACGACUGGAAAAAUAAGGUAGGAACGUACCUGCCCGAUCAUCGUGCGACAGUCGUUAGCUCCAUUCUUUUCCUACCUCGGGCGAGAGAGGCAAGUACUGAUCGAAUCACUGGAAGGGCCAUGGCGUGGUUCUCCGCAGCAAUGUCAUCGGGGAUUCCUCUAAUCUUUAUCAACAUCCAGACCGAACAAGUUAUGAUCACCUCGGAGAGGAACCACGCAACAGCCGGGAAAGAGACAAUCAGGGGCGGACAGCAAAGCAACAGCAACACCGUCGUGAACAUCGAAAAAGGUAUACGACUAUGGUUUCUCCCCGGCAUUGCAGAGAUUUUGCUUGAGCUGUUUCCUGAAACCGGAGAAUCCAGAUUCGGGUUAGACAUGAGAAGAACCGAAGAGGGAUUCAUCUGCGUCAAUUCAGUAACACAAGGCACAGCAGCGGCGCGCGCAGGGCUGGGCGAUUUAUUUGAGGAGGCGAAAAGAAGCGAGCACCUGCUCAUCGUCUCUAGGCUGCAAGGGAAGAGCUUGACACCUUCAACUGUUGACUCCGAGGGCUUAAUCCAUUGCUGCGACAACAACGAAAUUAAGGAAGCAUUGUUUUCAGCUAUGGAGAGACGAGACAGCAUUCAGCUCCACGUCAUGUCCUGGCCAAAGAAGACGACGGCUGCAUCGUCUGCGCCAACAUCCCAAUCCGGGCCUGCUGCAACUCUUCACCCUCCGAAUUGA